AUGAGAACCACAUUGAGAACUGCCGAGGAUAUGGGAAAACCCCUUGAUCAAUUCAUUCUCUUCGGAGACUCGAUCACCCAAUUUUCCUGUAAUCAGGAUCUAGGCUUCGCUUUCAAUGCGCAAUUGCAAGAGGCCUAUAGUCGCAAGCUAGACGUGAUAAACCGGGGAUUCAGCGGCUAUAGCACUGCUCAUGCUAUCCAGGUGUUCCCCAAGUUCUUCCCGUCACCAGAAAUAGCCAACGUACGCUUCAUGACCAUAUUCUUUGGUGCUAAUGACGCAUGUGUUCCAGGUCAUGAACAGCAUGUUUCAUUGGAGCAGUUCACGGCCAACUUGAAGGAGAUUAUCCAACACCCUGCAACUCGCGCCCAAAACCCACACAUUAUCAUACUGACUCCACCACCGAUCAACGAGUAUCAGCUGGAGGCAUUCGACGACGCGAAGAAUACUCCCCAUCCUAGCCGAACGGCUCUACUAGCCAAGACCUAUGCCACAGCAGCUAAAGAGGUCGGAGCAUUGCUAGAUGUUGCAGUAGCAGAUAUUUGGACUGCUUUUAUGAACAAGGUUAGCUGGAAGGAAGGUCAACUUCUAGUUGGAUCGCGUGACUUGCCCAGUAAUAAAGAGCUUGCCAGUCUUUUCACAGAUGGACUACACCUGACUCCCGCUGGAUAUCAAAUUGUUUAUGAUGAAGUUAUGAGGACUAUCGGAUCUAAAUGGCCUGAUCAGUUGCCGGAGAAUAUUCCAAUGGUAUUUCCUGCUUGGGAUGAAGCCCCUAAAUAA